UCGUCAGAAACCGUCGGACGCGACCUCAUCUAUUCCUCCUCCGAACGGGAAUUCAAAUCUAAAAUUUUCAAAGUCGUGCCAGUGAUAAUGUCACCAAGCAACCAAAGCGAAGAGAAACCUGUAAGCCCCAACGAGGGCCUUCACAUCCCAAAAUGGGUGAACGAGGACUACUUCCUUCCCAUUCUGGAAAAGGAUGUGGAAAACUUCGAUAAAAUAGUGAGCUUUACGCCAAUUGCGGCCACAAGUCCCGGCGAGAACUACACAUCCAUUAUGAUCAGGGUCAUUGUGGAUAUUUUGCUAAAAGACGGUAGCGAGGAGAAGAUCUCCUACAUCCUGAAAACCAUGUUGGAGGCCGACAGUGGAGCUGAUGUGGUUGAUAGCAUGGGCCUGUUUCCCAAGGAGCGGAUGAUGUACGAGGUGCACAUCCCCCAGUUCGUUAAACUGUACAAAGAAGCAGGCCUGGAUGUGGAGUUGGCUCCGAAGUGCCUCAACGUGUCAUCCAACAACGACUGCAUCACCCUGGUAUUCGAAGACUUGCGGCGACAGAAGUUCAAGAACGUGGACCGCCUGAAGGGAUUCGACAUGCCGCACAUGACGCGUGUCCUGCAGAAACUGGCCGAACUCCAUGCCGCCUCCGCGGUUGCCAGGGAGCUGUAUGGACCCUAUGAUCCCCUCUACUGCGUCUCCAUGUACUCCGAGGCGAGUCGGCCGCUUUUUGAAAGUCUCGGAGAGAUGCGACAAGUGCAGUUUUUGAUGGCCAUGAGGACCUGGGACCUGGACAAUAUUGAGAAAUACAUUUCCGCUAUCGGGAGUCCCAUGGACUUCUUCAACGCGGCCCUGGAGGUGAAUCAAGUCGAUGAGAACGAGUUCAAUGUCCUCAAUCACGGCGACUGCUGGGCCAACAACAUCAUGUUUAACUACAAGGAAAAUGGAGAGAUCGACAGAACCCUCUUUGUAGAUCUGCAGAUCGGCAAGUGGGGCAGUCCUGCCCAGGAUCUUUGGUAUUUGAUCACCACAUCAGCUUCUCUGGACAUCAAGGUCAAGGAGUUUGAUCACUUCAUAUAUAUCUACCACGAGCGCUUGGCGGAAUGUCUGAAAUCGCUAAACUACUCGAAGCCCAUUCCCACGCUGAGGGACUUGCACAUCUUAAUGCUGAAAUAUGGAUUCUGGGGACCUUUGACCUCCAUGGGCGUGUUGGUGGCCAUUCUCCUGCCCACCGACAAGGAUGCAAAUAUGAAAAUGAUGAUGGCCCCAGGACCUGAAGCGGAUGCUAUGCGAUACAGAACAUUUGUGAAUCCCUACUUUGUGACGGCCAUGAAGCAGCUGUUCCCAUUCUUCGAAAACAAGGGCAUAUUGAGCCCCUAGGCCGUUUUCAUUUAUUUUCAGAGUUUGUUUAGUGUUUAGCCAAUAUAAUGUGAUAUCAUGAAUGU